CUGUUUUUAAAAUAAAUUGCAAUAAAGGAGAGCAAAGUAUCGUAUUGCAAGAUUGUUGUGAUCCACAUUUUGCAGUAUUGUCAAACAGAAGCUAUAAGAAAUAUCUUUAACCAGUUUGCUGCUGCGAAUAGAAACGUGAAACAUUACUUGAAGCACAAAGUUUCCUGUUUUUAUCAACAACAAUACGAACGAUAUAGCUAAAAGUUUUGUACAUAUUUUCAGGAAGUAUAUUAGAAGAUAGAUUUUACUUAGUCAACACCUUAUCUAUUAUUUAGAUAUUUAUUUAAACAUUUUAACAUGAUUUCGACAAACAAGUUCAUUCUCAUCGGAGUAGGUCUUCCUCGAAACGGAACCUAUUCAACAAAAACAGCUUUAGAAAUUAUCCUACCUGGAAAAUGCCACCACAUGGAGUCGACAGUUUUGCAUCAUCAAAAAGAAUGGAAACGUAUAUUGAAUGAUGACAUGUCUGACGAAGAGUUUAAAAAUUUCUUUCUUUCAAAUGGUUACGUUGCUGGAGUGGAUACGCCUAUGAAUUUAUUUUAUGAGAGAAUGAUGAAAGUGUUUCCAAACGCUAAAGUCUUGUUGAAUGUUCGAGAACCACGGUCAUGGGAACGAUCAAUGAAUGAAACCAUUGUUAAAGGGGUAACAAAUCGUUUCGAAUUUCCAGAGGAUCUCUUUGAAAUGUUAGGACUUUUCAAAUCUUAUCUCUUUCAUUCAAAGAAUUUAUUUGGUGCGUUGUUUCGAAAUGAUCGCUUUCGUGAGAUGUUUGAAUCAGUAAAGGGCGGUAAUGGUGUGGCGUAUUACAACAAUUGGGUAGAAGAAGUCAAACGAAAUGUACCUGAAGAGAAAUUACUUGUCUUUAGCGUAAAAGAGGGCUGGGAACCACUAUGUAAAUUUCUUGAUGUUCCAGUACCCGAACAGCCUUUUCCACACGUCAAUGAUACUGCGACAUUUAAGGCUAGGGUCGGCGUAAAUCACAGACGUUCUAUGAUACUUUUGUACGAGCUUGUAUCGAUUCCAAUCGCGCUGUAUAUGUUUUAUAAUGUAUCUUUCAGAAAAUAAAAAAUUAGUAGAUAAGAUCUAAAAGAUAAGAUUACAGUUAAUA